UUGCCAGUAGCGUAAACUAUGAUCCUGAUUUAGGUCGGGUAGUUAAACAAAUACAAAUAUCGAGUUAUGGAUUCCGAGACAUCCAGCAAAAAAUCGAAGAAGAAGAAAGUUAAGAAUGAAGCUGAUGCCUUCAAAAAGGUUGACGAUAAAGGACUCGUGCGUAAGCAAAAGGAGUUGAUGAGAGUGCUCCACGUUAAAAACUUUCAACUGCAAAAUGGAAAUUUGUCAUACUUAGACUAUAUUGAACUGAAAGAAGAACUAUUUCGUCUUAAUGCCUUGAAAGAUGUGUUUGCCAGCGUGUCUGGAGCUACAGAGUAAACAGCCAAUAAAUAAAUCUUCACACAA